AUGCCACUCCAUCCCCCCUUCAAGGCCAAGACCAUCGUCUCGUGGCCUGGAGAGGAAGACGGCGACUUGGGAUUCAUGGAAAACGAAGUCAUCGAGGUGUUCUCCAUCGUGGACGAGAGCUGGUGGUCUGGACGCUUGCGUCGUAACAACGCAGAGGGUAUCUUCCCCAAAGACUACGUGGAGGUUCUUCCCGAAACCCCAGCCUCCUUGCCCCAUUCCACCUCCAACUUGCUGAUCCACACUCCCAAGCAGGGCACUCCCGUCAAGGACCUGCGCUCCAACACACCUACCCACUACUUCUCCAAGCUGUCACCCAAACGGACUCCCUACGCGGAUCAGUCGUUCGACUACGACGACUACGAUACCAGCUAUGACGAUCGUCGCACCAUCGCCAAGAAGGGACGCUCGGCAAACAAGUUGGUGUCGUCCACCAACCACCCCAAGCAUAAGCAUAGCUACCAGCACCAGGAAGAGGUUUCUCGCGAGCUCGCCCGGGAGCGCGAGCGCGAGAUCGAGAACUUCAAGCUGCUCCAGCACCAGCAUAGCUACCAGGUCAAGAAGGUGGCGGCAGGCGACAAACGGGGGCUGCGCAGCUCACGGCCCCACUCGCAGGCCUACGAGCCUGCCUACCACAAGUCGGCCUCCUACAACGACGUCUCUGCCAUCGGAGGCUCCAAGGGCUUGUUCAACAACCACACUGUGGAGAGCUUCUCGCCAGAACGUCGUCGUGGUGAGGAGGACGAUUUGGACGAGAUCGCACGCAAAAGAGCCCAGUUGGAGUUGGAAUUGCACCAGCUCAAGCAGUUGGAGAGAUCCACCCACAAGCGACGCUCCAAGCAGGUCACCACCCCCCAGAAGAAGUACGAACCCUACGACCCGUCUUCCAACUCCAGCUACGUCAGCGAGGAUAUCUUGUCGUCCAAGAAGAACUACCAUUCGCGGGAAGACCUUGGCAAAAAAUUGACAGUGUCCGACGAGGACGACGACUACGAGUUGGGCAAGCGCAGCCCCUCACCGCCUCCUCCUCCGCCUCCAAAACACACCACCCCCAUCAAAUCGUUUGGCUACCAGGACGAUUUGGAUAACAUUAAAUCGAAAUUUGUCACCAGCAGAGUCCCAUUUGAUGCCGACGACUUCAGAUUCUCGGGAGGAAGCCAUAGCAGGGUGCCGUUGACCGAUGAGGAAAUAUUCAAGUUGUCCACGGCCCAGCAGGAAGAGCUCAAGAACUCGAUCAAGUCCUUGCAGAGCGACGUGUUGAAUUUGUCGGAGCUCAGUGCCACCAGCGCCGGCUCGUUUAUCAGACAUAAAUAUGAGAAGGAAAUGAAGGCUGAGAUGCAGGCGCACCAGGAUCGUCUCAAGGGAUUGUCGUUGGACGACGAAAACAAACAGCAGUUGGUUGACUCGGUAUUCCAAGACAAGAAGAAGCAACCAAACAUCUUCAAAAAAUUCUUGACCUCCAAAAAGGGCUCCGAGCCGAACCUCAUCGAGCGCAAGUUCCAGCAGGAUGAGGAAAUUGACUGGGCCACCCUUAAGUUUGACAUCAACAGAAUGAACUCACUUACCUCGCAUGACAAGCAGUUGAGAACUCGGAGAAUUGUGAAGGAAGAAGGAAAAUUGGUCAUCAAGCCCUUGGAUUACAUCUCCGAGAUUAACACCAAUGAAAUUAUUGGUGAGGACGAAGGCCAAGAUCACCAAGAGACAGAUGACCAAAUCGAAGCUUUGAAAGCCGACUUUGGACGUGGUUUCCUGAAGAUCUACAACUUUAUGAGCAAUUAUGCUACCGCAUCCGAUUUGAACGAAUUGAUUUCGGACAUCAGUGUAAAAUUCAACUCCUCCAAAUUACACCAACUCAGAUGUGUUUUGAUCCAUAUGUGCAAGUUCAAUAUCAUUGAGGAGGCUAGCCAAAUUUCCCAGACAAAGCCCAAGCUAAACGAAGUGCUUGUCAAGGGUGAAGCUACGAUCUAUCAACUCAAUUAUCUUUUCAAGAAGAUAUUGGAUGCAUUGAGAAUUCCUUCAGAGCUAGUUCUUGGGUUUUGGAAGAAACCAAACGAGUUUUAUCACAAUGAGCACUAUAUCAUAAACCAUUGUUGGUUGUCUGUAUUGCACGAGCAACAGUUCUACAUGGUUGAUUUGUUUUGUUUCAAAAAUGGUAAUGUCUGUAACAUUAGAGACCAUCCAAACGAUUUCAAUGAGUUUUAUUUCCUUGCCAAACCUCUCUAUAUGGUUUCCACGCAUAUUCCUUCAAUUAUCGAUUUACAACAUGUUAUUCCUCCUAUUGACCAAAAUGUCACAUUCUACUUGCCCAGGGUAUACUCGGGCUUUUACAAGAGUGACUUAUCUUUUAGAAAUUUCAACAAUGCCUUGACAAGAUUGAAAGAUUCGGAGUUUUUCGAAUUGGAAUUGGAGGUUCCAACAGACGUGGAAUUGUUCAGUUUAAUCAAGACAACAAAGGUUACCACGAAUGAGUUGAGCUUAUGUCAGAUCAAGUGGAUCAAUAAUAGGAGAAUAGCCAAGAUCAAGGCUAUUUUACCUGAAAACGAAUCUAUCGGUGUUUUGCAAAUCUUUUCUGGCCCCAAGGGCUUACAAAAGCAUUUUGACAAUAUCCAUGAAUUGUCGGUUGUUAUUCCACUUUAUCAUACUGGUGAUUAUAAGCCAUGUAAAUUCGUUCCCAGGUUCCCAACAGUUCAAAGUCAGAAUAAUGACCUUUACAUCAAAAGUCCACAAACUAAUAAAAUUGUGGUUAAAAACUCUUACAACUUUGAGAUUUUACAACAUCCUUCAACUGGCUUGAAUACUUCCUCGGCUAUCAUGAACCGGGAUUUCAAGAUUGUCAUUGAGUCUCCCUCUGGAAAGUACUUCAAAUUGUUGAAGAGCGACCCAAGCAAGCCAUUUGGGUCUUACGAAAGUAAUAUAAAGUGUCAAGAAGUCGGCUUAUACAGGGGAUUGGUUAUUGGCGACAGCGGAAACAGUUGGUAUGUGUUUGCCCAAUGGGACUGUGUUAGCGGAACAGUCAAUUGA